GGUCGAUGAAACCUGAGGAAUUGCUUUGGAGAUGGCAUUGACGAAGACACUCGUGCUACUAGCCCUUCAGCUCAUCCUGCUGGUUGUCUCUUUCCCUCCUUCUGCCACUGCACUCUCGUUUCCGCCGAGGUACGGCGUCGCCGUCGAAGGGGCGAUCUACUGCAAGUGCGAGCUCCCCGGCUACGUCGGCUCGCUGGGAGCUUCUCCUCUUCCUGGUGCGGUCGCGAUGCUACGGUGCAACAGCAGCCGGCCGGGGGCGUCGGCGAGCGCGGUAACGGAUGUCAGAGGACGGUUCCUGAUCCAGACGACGAAGGUGACAAACUACGAGAUUCACAAAUGCAAGCUCUUCCUGGUGUCGUCGCCGCUGCCAGGGUGCGAUGUGCCGGCGGGCCAUUAUGGUGGCUUCCCCCUCAAGUUCGUGAGGAACACGGUCGCCGGAGCGACGAAACGGGCCCUCUACACGGUCGGCCCCUUCAAGCUCGCUCCGGCGGAUCCGUCUCUGUGUCCUCACCACCCAUGAUCAUAUAUGUCUUCUUAGCCACGCAGGUGUUGACGGAAGUAACAGGAGACCUGUUGGUUGACCAAUAAACAUGUUUCAUCAUGUCGAUUGCAUGGACUCGAUCAACAUGUCCAUGAACUCUCACUACUUUCUUGUUGCAUUUUUGAGCAAUGAAAGAGCCGCCUCGAU